AUGAGCUUCCUUCACAGGCCAAAAACAAAUCUGUCUGGUUUGGUUUGUUUUACGGCAUAUCAUCACCUCAAUGGGCUAUUUAAUGCCAACAAGAUUUUUAUUGCUGGUAAUAUUUUUUAUCUAUCUAUCUAUCUAUCUAUCUAUCUAUCUAUCUAUCUCACGUCCGCUAUGAGGGCAAGAAGGGCCCGCGAGUCCCAGGAACAGACUACAAUGCUACUAUCACGGGUCGCUCAACGCAGCGCCCUUACGCAGGCCUCGCAUUCACAAGAGGAGCGUGCCACCUGCUUGGCUGGGAAAGCUGCUUACAGGGCUUCGUUGCGAUCAAGGCUCAAGAAUGCACAACGGUUGAGAAUGAAUGCACUGGUUGCAGCAACCGCCUCUGCAUCUCGAGCUUCCGAGACUCAUCAUCAAAGGCUUCUUCGUAACGUAAGAAACGCUGCUGCCAAUGCGAAAUCAAGAGCUAUAGAGACACUUGACCGCAGGCGCAGCCGUCAAUUUAGGGACGCUGCUGCAACAGCAAGCGCUAGGGCUGCUGAAACACCGCUCCGUAGGUCUUUUCGAAAUGCUACGAAUGCUGCUACGACUGCCAGGUCGAGGGCUGCUGUAACAUUUGACCGCAGGCGUGCCCGUCAAUCCAGGGGCGCUGCUGCAACAGCUAGACUACAGGCCGAAACCCGGAUUGGUAUUUUGCCGCCGUCGGGAAGAGUUCCUUCGCAGGGACCUCAUACUACUACUUCAGGCCAUGCUUCACGAGUUCCUUCCUUCAGCAUUGUAAUUGACGCCGACAAACGGCCUCAUGAUGAACAUAAACGCCGAUACAAUGCUCCUGCGUGCAACGAAGUGGCCGCUAUUAUACAUGGGAGUAAGACUGCACUCGCGAUAUUGCCCUCAAAUCAAGAGGCGGCGCUCUUCACAGGAUUUCAGAGACUCGUCGAUCAUAUGACGCAUUGCAGUACCCUUUACUUUUCCCUUAUGGUGACGAUGACUACCACUUCGGCAUUCCCCUUCAUACUCCGGAGGAGGGGACCUACAACGUCUUCCAAAGCCUAA